CAGAAUUACCAACCUGGAUAUCAUUCACAUGGAUAUCUGAUGAUUUUUUCAAGAAUGCAUUGUAUUAGUGUUCUCUAGAUGCAGUAUCCAAAGUAUUUAGAACAUUCUGAAUAGAUCUGGAGCGGGAUUCUUCCAGAGAGCUUUGAGAAUCCCCUCCCUCCUCUUCCAAGUCCCCACCUCUCUCCUAAACAGAUUAUUGAGGAGUUAAAGGAGCUUGCAUCAGUCCCUGUGUCGUCUCUACGAGGCUUAGAGUUCCAGAGGAAACAGAUGGGAUAAGAAAACCAGGGGAUCUAAUUACAGAGGCUUAUUCAGCAAUCCAAGGCCCGUCCAGAACCCAGUCGCAAGCUUCAAGCUGCUGCUCCUUGCAGUUUCUCUUUCAGAGGUAUUUGUCUCAAAGCCUUGUGACAGGUACGGCUGACAUGGAGAACGAGGAAGAGGAAGAUGAAAUCUUUACCACAUUUCAGGGAGGAUAUGAAGGGCAGGAAAAUGUGAAGGAGCAGGAGGAAGAAGAACAAGAGGAAGAGGAGCCAGAGGCUGAGAGGAAGAGCAGUUGGGAUGUCCCAAUUCCAAGUAGAUCACUGGCCAGUCGCAGAGCUUCACUUCCAUGUCCGGCUCAGCUGAAUGCGAUGCAUCUGAGCCGUCUGCACACUGCUACCACGAGCCCUAGCCCAGCGUACCUGAGCCACUGGCUUCAGAGCGGUGAGGCGAGGCCGUGCUCUCGCUCCAGCCAUGUUGCCAAUUGUGAGGAGGGUGCGCACACCAAGAGCAGCGUAUGCGAACGACGCCCACAUGCCAUCCCAACCAUCCCUGAGGUGCACGAGCCUCUGGAGAGAAAAGCUCGGUUUAGGAGCCGCAAUGUCAUGUCUCUGAGUGAUGCAGACAGUUUGUGUCUGAUCUGCCAUGACGACCUACGCAAAGGAGGAGGCGUUAUUAGAGAGCUUCACUGUUCCCACAGCUUCCACAGUGAGUGCAUAGAGGAAUGGCUGUGGACCAAGCAGACCUGUCCCACGUGUCAAAAGCAUGUUGCCAUGCCAGAGCCCCUGUACUGGACAUCUACAAGAGUAAUAGUGCCCUGAGCUCUUCCAGCUCCCAUUCAAACUACCUUGGAUAUCAGAUGGGUAACCAAAACAUCAGACAUGAUGGUGGAUAACUGAGCAUGGAUAAAGAGCCAGCUACAAAAAAAAGGUGGUCAUAUGACUAAUCAGAAUUUGCUAUUCAGGAGAAACAGAUUAUUAGAGCAUUUCUGAUUUUAACAUCACUAAGUGUUAAAUAAAAAAAAUCAUAUUUACAUAUUAAGAAAAUAUGUUAUUUUCUAUUUUGUAUAUCUUUUUCUGCAAAAAUGUAAGUAAACUGAACCAGUUGUAUGAAGUUUGUUCAUACUGUACCUCACUAUAUUAGAAAGUAAUUUAAAGUAGGCCUUCUCGCAAUGUUCUGUUUUCAAAACAUGUAACUAAUGUAAUACUAUCAACAAAAGUGAAGGCCUGCAUUUCCCAGGUGUGUACUUGAGUAAAUGUGUUUAAGUACUUUUUGUUAAUUUUUUUUCAUACAGUGUUUCACUGAUCAUCCUGAUAUAGAAUUAUAAUGAUUCUUACUGAACUAACAAGUCAAAAUCAUUUUCCUAAACUUUUACAGAAAACCGCCAAUAAAAUCUAUUUCAAUGUUG